AUGUCGCCUAACAAAUCCGCCAUCGUCGUCCGGAAUCUGCCCCGGCUUACCACUACUGAAGAUGUCAAGAGCUUCUUUGACAUGCGACUCAGGAAUGCCGAUGCUUUUGUCUACCCGUUGGUCAAAGAUACACAGAAAUCAGCGGGCAACUUUCUCUGCACCACGGUUACCAUCAACCCGGCCAGGAGGAGAGAUGCUCUGUCAUUCAACGGCUCCGACUUUGUUCCUGCUAUAGGCGGAGGAAAGUCCAAGAUCGAAAUCGACGACUCCUUUAUUGGCUCGAUUACUUUAGCAGAGCACAACAAUGCUCAAUUUGACCUAUACUUUGUCCACGGAGUUGGGGGCGAUGCUUUUAGUUCGUGGGUGUGCGACGCAUCUGGUCACAUGUGGCCGAGAGACUCCCUUCCAGAACAAUGUCUCAACCUAGGGGUGCGCGGUAGAUUCUCGACACUUGGGUAUGACGCCAAGGUCCUUGACGGGGGUCAACUGAAGACCAUUCACCAUGCGGCUGAAUCAAUCCUCAAGUACAUAGCUGCAGACAGACCUCCGGGAUGUACACGGCCCAUAUUCAUUGUUGGCCACAGCCUUGGUGGCAUUGUUGUUGAACAGGCCCUAGUCCUCGCCUUCGAGAAGCCGGCGGUCAAACCAGAAUACGCGUUCAUCCAGCACAUGGUCAAAGGAGUGGCCUUUUUUGGAACACCAUUCCAGGGCAGUCGUAAUGCCGACUUCAUCAGUCCCGUGGCGAGUAUCAUCUCAGGAAUCACCAGAAUGAACACGAACUUCAUCACAGACUUGAAGACUUCUUCGCGGGAGCUUCCAGAGCUCAACAUGUUGUUCAACCACAUCAAGACAGAAGAGAAUUUCGAGGUUCUUCUAUUCGUCGAGAAGAAGGCUGACGGCCCUUCAAAAGUCACAACUCGAACUUCAGGAACCAUACCCUUCCGAACCGAGAUUGCACCAGUUGAGAUCGACGCCAAUCAUCGAGACAUGGUGAAGUUCAAAAACGCGAAUGAGGCAAGACAUUCAAUUACAGUGAUCGUGAACAUGAUCAAACGAAAACUGGGCCUGGAGAUCAUACCCACUCCAGACCUUACUGGUAGCAAAGAGAUCAUAUCAGUUCUUCGCCUCCCGGAUCAAGUAAUCGGGACAAUAGAGAAAGACAAAAACGCGGGGUUCAGUCAGCUGGCUCGCUUCGACACCAUCUUCGUAAUCGACGACACCGGAUCCAUGCAAAUGGCCGCCAGCUCCUCAGAGGCAGCGAAUUCAAACCCCAGAAGCAGAUGGGACGUCCUGACGAAAAGUCUACAAUAUAUUGCCAAUAUUGCUUCAGAGCACGACAAAGACGGCGUUGACAUUCACUUUCUCAUCUCCUCGCAUCUAGACCAAACAAAUAUCUCAAAUGGACAAGAAGUGCUCAACCUUCUCGCAGGAGUCGAUCUCGAGCAGGGCGUUGGCGGCACCUACCUCGAGCCUGUACUUGCAACCAUCCUAGGCCCGUACGUGGCCAACUACCAGGAGUAUUUCGACUUAACAAGAAAAAGGAUGAAAGCCACAAAACCCAAGCCAUUGAACAUCAUUGUUCUGACAGACGGUAAGGAUGACGACCCGGAAACUACCGAAGAGCAGUUGGUGGACAUUGCCAAGCAGUUGGACGAGAUGCAUGCUCCAAAAUCGCAGGUGGGGGUUCAGUUCAUGCAGGUUGGAGAUGAUCCAGAAGCAGCUGAGUAUUUAAAACGGCUGGAUAAUGAUCUCAAGACGAAGUAUGGCGUUCGCGAUAUCGUCGAUACGAAAACAUUCCAAGACCUAGAUCAAACGCAGGAUUUUGCCCAGCAUCUGCGAUGCAUCCUCCUAGGCGCAGUCAAUAAGAAUCUCGACUAA